GCCGACGUCACCCCACAGUUCUUAAGGCCCGCCACACUCUCUCACCUCCCCUGUUCCCACAAACUCAUCCCUCGCUCACCAUGGACGCGGCCGUCGUCGGGCAGCAGGCGAGGCGGCGGAUCCAGCCACCGGCGCCGAUCGUGAUGGCCGCGGCUCCGCCGACGCCGGCCGCGUUCAGGUGCCCGAUCUCGCUGGAGGUGAUGCGGUCGCCCGUGAGCCUCCCCACCGGCGCCACGUACGACCGGGCGUCCAUACAGCGAUGGCUCGACUCCGGCCACCGCACCUGCCCGGCCACGCGGCUGCCGCUGGCGUCGACCGACCUGGUCCCCAACCUGCUCCUGCGCCGCCUCAUCCACCUGCACGCCGCCACGCUCCCGCCAUCGCCUUCGCCGGAGCAGGUGCUGUCGCAGCUUGCGGCCGCGGACGGGGAGCCCGCGGCGGCGGAGAAGGCCGUGCGCUCUCUGGCGGCCAAGAUAGCGCCGGAGAAAGGGAAGCAGGCGUCCGUCGCGUCCGCCGUGGCCGCCGAUCUCGAUUCUGCUGUGCCGGCUCUCCUCUCAUUCGCGAAGGGCGGGGCGGGUGCUGACGCGCGGGUCGACGCGGUGAGGAUCUUGGCUACCGUAGCUCCGGAGCUGGUCUCUUACCUCACCGAGGACGGGGCAGAGAAGCGUGGGAGGAUGAAGAUGGCCGUGGAGGCCUUGGCCGCCGUCCUGUCCGCGGACCGAGUUAGGGAAGAGACUAAGGAAGCCCUCAUCGUUACCCUCGUGGCCGGUGAUUUGGGCCGCGUCUUGACGACGCUGCUCGGCGCGGGCGCGAACGGCGCCGCGGUCCUCGAGGCGGUCCUGACGUCGCCCGCGGCGGACGCCGACGCCAAGACCGCCAUCGCCGACCGGUCGGAGCUAUUCACGGAUCUCGUGCGGAUCCUCAGGGACGCCGCGUCGCCGGCGGCGAUCCGGUGCAUGGCCGCGGCGGUGCAGGUCCGCGGGCGUCCCGCGCGCGCGUCGAUGGUGCGGGCCGGCGCCGUCCCGGCCCUGGCGCUGGCCGUCGCGGCCGCGCCCACGGCCGCCGCGGAGUCCGCGCUGCGGCUGCUAGCGGAGGCCGCCCGCUGCGGCGACGGCAAGGCGGCCAUCGCCGCGGACGCCGCCGAGGUCGCGGCCGCCGUGAUGGGCCGGAUGAUCCGGGUGGGGCCGGCGGGGCGGGAGGCCGCCGUUGCGGUGCUGUGGCUGUCCUGCUGCGCAGGGGGCGGGGAGCGGAGGAUGCGGGAGGCCGUGGCCGCGGCACCCGAGGCGGUGGGGAAGCUGCUCGUGGUGAUGCAGGGGGACUGCUCCCCAACCACGUCGCGGAUGGCCGGCGACCUGCUGCGGGCGGUGAGGCUGGAGCAAGAGCGGAAGGGCAUGACCGCCGCCUACGACAGCCGCACCAUCCAUGUCAUGCCGUACUGAACCGCCGGCGCCAGAGCCGACCAAACCGCCGGCCGAAACGCGUCGCGCUGCACCUCUAGCUCGCAGUUGUAAUUUAUCAAGCUAUCAAGCUAACCCCUCGCGAUCAGCGCGUGAGAGGCAUCAAUUUGGGGUUGCACAAUUGUAGUGUAUGUAACGUAGGGGAUCGGAAUCGGAUCAUCUCAUCUGCUUGCAAAUACGCUGUUUGCAUUGGAGAAAUGAGAAAUCGCUGUAGAAACUCGAAUAAGAACGGGAAUUUCGUCGCACAGACAUGCCAAAUUCUGGCACCGCUCUGAUUGGAUACGAACGCGCGGAAGUCAAAACGAAGACAAAAUACUAUCUCUGCAGCAUCAUUUGCACAUGUGAU